CUCCGGCUGGGCAGCGCCGGGAAGCCUGAGGGGAGCUGGAGGAAGGAGGCAGCACAGGCCGGAGGAGUCGGCGGAGUGCGCCGCGCCCCUGGCCCGCCGGGGACCAGGUCCACUGAGGACCUGGCGGGGAUGGAGCUCCGAGCGGCGGGCGCGGGCAGCGCGCGGCGGCGGGUGGGAUGCGGCGGGCCGGCCGCCUGAGCACCCCCGAUGGCCCGUGGCGCGGCGACCUGCGGGAGCGACGCGCGGCUGCAGCUGGGCCGGGACGCGGUGCGGCCGGCGCCCGCGCUGCUGGUCCCCGCCGUGCUGCUGGGCACCGCACUCGGCCUCGGCCUCGGCCUCGGCCUCUGGCUCGGCUGCCGCGCCGCCCGCCCGCGUCCGCCGCACCAGAAAGAUGACGCUCAGAGUCUGCUCAAGAAUUUGGAGUCUAACGUUCAGACCCCGUCGGAAACCGGCUCCCCAUCCAGGAGGAGGAAGAGAGAAGCACCGACUUCAAAGGAUGAGGAGGCUCUGAACGAAUGUGAGCCAUCUUUCAAUAGCAAUAUCACAGCGUUUGCACUGAAGGCAAAAGUCGUCUAUCCCAUCAAUCAGAAGUUCCGGCCUCUGGCCGACGGUUCCUCCAACCCAUCUCUGCACGAAACCUUAAAGCAGCCAGUCUUGCCGAACCAGCCCGUGGAGGCAUCGCCUUCCAGCAGCCUGGGGAGCCUGAGCCAGGCUGAGAAGGACGACUGCAGCUCCUCGUCCAGCGUCCACUCGGCCGCCAGCGACGACAGGUUCCUCGGCCGCACCUUUCUGGGGGCGAGCAGCUUCCCCGAGGCACUGACCUGCGAGAGCGUGGACCUUGACUUGUGUAUCUACAACCUUCACUUAAAAGACUUGCUGCAUCUGGACACGGCGCUGAGGCAGGAGAAGCACAUGAUGUUUAUUCAGAUUUUUAAAAUGUGCCUCCUUGACCUUCUUCCUAAAAAGAAGACUGAUGAUGAAUUAUACCAGAAGAUUCUCUCAAAACAAGAAAAUGAUUUGGAGGAAUUAGAAAAGAGACUGCAGGUCAGACUGUCAAACACGGAGAUGUUGGGUGCUGGUGACUCUGAAUACAUCACCCUGGCAGAUGUAGAAAAGAAGGAGAGAGAAUAUUCUGAGCAGCUAAUAGCUAAUGACACCCUGGAGAGGACAAUGGGGCGGGCACACGUGGCCAAAACAAUUGAGUUCCUGAAGCUGCAGAUCCAGGAGGAGACCAGAUGCCACCUGGCCGCCAUCUCGCACAGCCUGGAGCUGCUGACCGUCGAGGGGAAGCUGUCGGGGCGGCAGAAGGAGGAGCUGCUGACCCAGCAGCACAAGGCCUUCUGGGAGGAGGCGGAGCGCUUCGGCAGGGAGUUUGUCCAGCGAGGCAGAGAACUGGUCAAGGCCUCACUGGUUCACCAGGCGGAGGGGAUGGCAACGCUCACGCUGGCCCAACAAAAGGAACAGAGGAGCUUCCUGGCCACGGCACCGCAGACCGCCGACCCCGAGGAGUUCCUCCAGGUUUUUCACGAGGUCCUGGAGAGGCAGAGGCUGAUUCGGAGUGACCUGGAGGAAGAGGAGAAUGUCAGCGCCGCCAAGGCCGUGGCCGCGCUCUGCCAGGAGCUGUAUCGCAGCACCAUGGAAACGUUCCAGAAGUUUGUGGACGUCCUGUUCCUCCAGACGCUCCCCUGUGUGACUGACCUCUCCCAGGCAGAGUGUGAAUACCUGAGGCAGGAGGCCCAGGAGAACGCGGCCCAGCAGCUGGAGAAGUUGGAUCGCUUCCGGAGUCAGCAGUGGAAACUCUUCCAAGAUCUCCUGGAGCAAGAAAAGCAGGUGUGGAUGGAGGAGCACACACUGUCCACUGUGCUGCAGACACACCUGCGGGAUGACCAGGAAAGCAUCAUCCACCGAGUCUUGGGCCAACUUGGCGGCCUCAGUGAAGAGUCCACGCAGUGCAUCCUGCAGGGGCACGACCUGCUCUUACGCUCAGCUCUCCGGAGGCUGGCUCUCCGCGGCAGCGCCAUCACCACCCUGACCCAGAUGAGGCUGUCAGGGAAGAAGAGCCUUCUCCAGGAGUUGCGCGAACAGCUCGCCCUGGAGCAGGACUCCUCGCAGUGUCUGGACGAGCAUCAGUGGCAGCUGCUCAGAGCCUUGGAGGCGCGCGUCCUGGAGGAGGCUGGCCGGCUGGAGGAGGAGACGCAGCAAACACGGCUGCAGCUUCGGCAGCAGCUCCUGGCCGAGGCCCAGGAAGUCGGGCAGCUCCUACAGCAGCACACGGAGCGGGCCGUCGGGCAGACGCUGCUGGGCCACGCGCGGAACGUGGCCUCCAAGAGCCGGGCCAAGGACAGGGAUGACUUCAAGAGAACACUGAUGGAGGCGGCUGUGGAGAGCGUCUACGUGACCAGCGCUGGUGUUGGCCGGCUCGUGCACGCGUAUUACCAGCAGAUCAGGAGGGCCAUGCAGGACCACGAGGAGAGAAAGCUGCACCACCUGAAGACCCUGCAGGGUGAGAGAAUGGAAAAUUUCAAGCUGCGGAAAAAGCAGGAACUCGGUGAUCCUUCGUCAGGGGCCGAGGUAGCGGGUGGAGCUCAGGAAGCCUCCGGAGCUGUGCACCAGAGGAUGUUGGCGCAGCAGAAAAAGUUCCUGGCCCAGUUCACGGCACACCAGCGGACCCGCCGGGACGCGUGGAAGCAGAGCGUGAGGGUCAUGGACCAUCUGGAAGCCCAGCUUGAGACCCAGCUACAGGAAGCUGAGCAGAGCUUCAUCUCAGAGCUGGCGGCGUUGGCCCGGGUGCCCCUUGCCGAAAGCAAGCCGUUUUCCAAUAAGCAUGGGCUGUCAGAGAAACCCCUAAGGACCAAAAGGAAGAAGCCGGCACCCCGGGACAGAGGGGACUUUGGGGGGCCCAAGGACGACGACCCUGCCUCAGGGGGCCCCCCCUCAGGAUCGCUCAGCAGCAAAAGGCUGAGCCAGCAAGAAAGUGGGGUUGGUGACGGUGAGAAUUCCAAGAAGAUGCUAAAGAGAAGAAGCAAUCUGUAGCUUAAGGCUGGUCGGGGGGACGGAACCUGAAGACCCCGUCUGAAUGCCACCUGCCCCUCCCCCAGGCAGUGAGGAGGGACUGGCUACCCCGGGGUGGGGGACAGUGGGGUCUCCCCUCUGCCCACAGCCUUGCUGUGCAGGGAUGGAGAAUGGGUAUCAAAGUCCCAGAAAAAGGCCAAAAAGAGCAGGGCGGACCCUACCGCCUGUGAAGAUGAUACCCACCCCCACCCCUGUGUUGGAAACAUGUCUGCUCCAGUUUUUCAGUGUCUCCUUGGCUUCGAGAUGCGGCUCCGUUCCUUGGGAAGCCCCUCCUUCCUGGCUCCCUGUGCUUCCCACCCACCGUGUCCCGAUGUCACCCCGAACCUGCGUUCCGCGAGCGCUAAGUGGUCUCAUUCCCGCCCUGGGGGCCCUCUGCUCGCCAGCCUCCCCUCCCGGUGGAGUUCCGCCUAUAAUAAAGGGAUCACCAGGUGUUGCUGGUGUUUUCUGGGUCCGAG